UCCAAGCUGUAAUACUUCUUAGGAUUAAUUAACUACUGUCCAUCUUUUAAACAUGUCGUCAAACGCACCGAGCUCCUCCCUAAUGUCUAGUUUAGCUAGUGAUGACGUUGCAGUUAACAGAGAAGUGUUAGCGCCCCCACGACGUCAAGGAUUACUGUUCAGUUUACACUUUCUCGUACAGUCUGUAUGAAACCAGUAGUAAAAACGCGUUGUGCUUUUCUCUUUUCUAAUCAGUUUUUAGUAGUACACAGUAUGUCCCCGUAGUAGUUAGCCUACUCAGUGACAGUCCACAUUUUUUGGCAUUCCCUCUUUAGGGGACUAUUGUCCCCGUUCUUGGUUACAGCGCCUGGAAAAUGAUCAGUGCCUAAUCCUCAUCCCAGUUUUUUGCGGCACUGAACAUGGCAACGCGCUGGCAGGACGUGGCGGCCCAGCAGGCCGAAGUGGCGGCGGAUCACUUGAGGGAUCUGAUGACUGCCAUGUUAGGCUUGUUACACAGUAGAUUUGGGUUAGAUCUGGGCAUUGAGCCGAAGCAGUAUCAGUCAUGGGUGCUGCUGCUGACAGCCGUACUCGGGUUGCUUGUGAUCGUGGCUGUCUGGGUCGCGGCCUGCGCCGGCAUCAUCGCCCGGAGUAAGAGAGCAGGCAGUAGCCGGCAGGCUGCCGUAGCAAGUACAGAAAGCAAGCUGCCAUCUAGCAGGGGGCUGCGAGUGGAUGAUCUCAAGAAGAAACACAAGAAGAAACCGACUGACAAGAUUAAAGUUAAUGGGCGUGUUGAAAUGCCUGAAGAUGAUUUGAUUUCUUUUAUUCAGACGGAACCAUUGAAACAGCCACUGGAGAGUGAAAAGAAGACUGAAAAGGUAAAAAACAAGAAGAAAAAGCAAAAAAGUGACCAGAAACAAGGGCACGAAACAUCACCUCCUGACAAGAAAGAAGCUGAUGAAGGGGCUUGGGAGAAAAAGGUGAGCAAUCGUGAGAAACGCCAACAGAGAAAACGUGAAAAAGCUGUUGAUCCAGGAUUUGAUUCCAGUAUUGAAGUAGCAACUGUGGUUGCUACAGAACAAGUUCCGUCUACUAUCCAUGUUUCUUCUGCCCCUCGAAAAAACAGAGGAGAACAGUCUUUGAAUAACCAGUUCAGCGUUGUGAAAUCUGGAAAGGAUGAUGCAGUUAUUUCACAGGUUUCUGCAGGAUGGAAUGAGACACCUUCUGUGAAUGGUGGCAGCUGGUCUGAAAUUCCUGGAAAACGGCAGACACAGAUUGUUUGUGAAGAUAAGUGGCCAUCUGUUCAGCCAGCUACUACUGGGAAGAAGAAAAUUGAGACAUGCACAUGGAAUUCAGAUGCAGGAGAUGACAGUGGAACCACAGCAGACUGGUCUGGAUCUCUUAGGGCCAAGCCUUGGGGUCAACACACACUGUUCCCCCCUAUCGAUUCCUGGUCUAAUGUUGAUGGCAGAAUGAAUUCCUCUGAACAAGGUUCUGGCUCCUUUCCUUCUCUUGGACUAGGUCCCCCACUAUCAGGUACAACUGAACCCUCUACACAGCCAGUUGUUCCUGAUCACCAGUGGGAUGCUGCUUUAGCGCCAGUUGAAGAUGAAUGGUCUGGAUUAAAUGGGCUUUCGUCUGCAGAUCCAAGCUCAGAUUGGAAUGCUCCUUCUGAGGAGUGGGGGCACUGGGUGGAAGAGGAAGCUGCUCCUUCUCCACAGAUUGAGGAACCUGUGACUUCAGAGGUUCAAAAGAUUUCAGAUGAUGAAAAAGAAAAGGUUGAAUCCACACAGCAUGGGUCGUCAAGUGGAAAAUCCAAAAAGAAAAAAAAGAAAAAGAAGAAACAAGGAGAUGACGCUUCCUCUGCAACUCCGGUACAGCUGGAUGCAAAUGUUGCUUUGUUCUGUGUUGGGGAUGGUCUUUUAGUUUAA